CUCGCACGGGCGGGGCUCCCCAAGUGCCGGCCUCGCGGCGCCGGACCCUGGUACCCGCGCUGCCAAGCCGGUCCCCGACUCACGGUCCCGGCCCUUCCUGCGGGCGCCUGGGGUACCCCUGGGGCCCGUUCGUCCUGAAACAGACACGGGCUGGUGUUUCUGCAGAGCUCUGCGCGCAUCUGAAAUUGUGACUGUGGUGAAACGACAGUCACCUGCCCUGGGGGGCGUAUGGGCAGGGCUGGGGGCGACAGACUGGCCACCGGCAUCGCGGAGCAGGGCCGCAGGGGCUGGGUCCGGGACGGCGGGACGCGAUGGGAUCGAAAGCCCCGCGCCCGAGGGUGGCCACUGAAACUUGCCAAGGAAAGCCGAGUCUGGGCCCAGCGCGCCCCAGGACCAGUGGGGAAGAUUGGGGCACGUGACGCUGGGGACUCCGCGCGCGCGGUUCUCCGUGGGUGGAUCCACGGAGAAGAAUCGAUGGAGGUUCAAGGUGGUAGGGAAAGUGGGCAAGGAGACCCACGGAGAGCAGCCAGAGACGCAGGAAGGACUCCAUCCAAAGGGGUGCGGGAAGCCAGGAAGGAAAGGAUUCCGGAAGGAAGGGCCAGAGCUGUCGGUAAUCUUGGGGAAAUGGUUCCCAGGAGACUCAAGCACCUGUGUAGACAGUCUUUUCUAGAAGGUCUGCCGAGAGGGGAGAAAAAAUAGUUGUGAGAGGAGGAUUUGGAAUGAAGGUUAACAAUUUUAAAGCACAUGUGAUUAGAGCAAAGCUCUGGGCUCGGGCAUGCCCUGGAAGGUAGCUGAACAGAGGACCUUGUGCUUGCUAACCUCUAUUAACCUGCGCUUAUUAACCCGAGUCACUGAUUUACCUCUCCCCGUUCGCUCAUCUGUAAGAUGAGGAUAAUGGUGAUAAUAUGUGCCUCUUGGGGCGGGGGGGCAUGUAGAAAUUAAAUGAGAUGGUGUAUGUAAAAUACUUAACAGUGCUAAAAAGUAAUGCCUUUAUUUAUUUUUAAACUUAUUAGAGCCGCUUGGGCAUAUUUUGAUGCUGUUGGGAUGGAGCAUCUAGAGGGAGUGGAUGACAACUGGCCUGUCAGAGGGGACAGAAAGGGAUGGAAGCUGCAUGGAGAGAUAAGGCUUGGGUUCCUCUUCUAUCCCAAACCAAGGGAAGGAGGGGCAGGUGGGAAUGGAGGAAGUUUGCAUGUUGGGGCAUGCAGUUAAAUGUCUGAUAAUUUGAACUAGAGUGGUGGGCUGAGAGUGCUGGGCAGGCUCAGGUGAGGAUGGAAGUCCUGAUCUACACUGCAGCCAUAGGACACAGUGACCUCUUUGCCAACAGCCCCUGGAAGCCCAGGAAAGGUGGGCAGUUGGGUUUAUUGAGGGCAGGAUGACAACAUCCAACCUGCCUUGCCCACUUGGGAGGCUCAGAUUAAGUUGACAGAUGUAAAAAUACUCUGUGUAAUUUACCAUUUUCAUCUUCUUUCCCGAUUUUGAGGAGUCAAGGGGCUAUGGCCAUAAUAUGAGUAAAAUGUCAAAGCCUUCUGAGCACAUCACUUGGACCAUGAACUGUGUUCUACUCUCACCCACCAUCUCAUUCACUCAUCAUGAACAGUUGGGUGAAGCGGUAUCACUAUCCCCAUUUUUAUAGAUGCAGAAACUAAGGUUCAGGGAAGUAAAGCCCUUGUGUAAGGACUCUUAGCUAGUAAGUGGUAGAUCCAGGAUCCCAACUCAGGUCUGUCUGACCUCAAAGCCCCCGACUGGAAAUCACUUUGAAUAUGUGCAGAACCCCAGUGGCAACUCAGUGGAAUAGACAGAUGUGCAAGGGUCAUCUUUUCCAUUGAUCAUCAGGGGGAGCUCGGCUUGGAGGCUCAACCCAGCUGCCUUGCUUAUGACUCUUCUGUGGCUGAAGAACUCAGACCCUGGAGACCCAUAGCCCUGAUGGGGUAACCAAGACCUACAGUGAGAAAGUGACUUUUCCCUGAGGUCACCCAGGUAAAAGUGACAGGGCAGAGCUAAAGGACCUUGAACCUGAAUUUGGGACCAGCCUCCAGGACCCUGGGGAUUUCCACCAGAAGCCUUUGGUCACCAUACAGGGGAUUUUUCUCACCACGAAGGGUAAUUCCUGCUCCAUCCCUGCUGUGACUCAGCUGUGACGUUGAACUACACACAGCCAGAGAGGAAAAGAUCAAAUCACCAGAGACUCUGCUCACCAGAGAGGUGGCCGAGGCCAGAACCCUCCUCUCCUCUCCCCACGGACUCCACAGGGCUGCCUUCUGGCCUGGAGCAGCUUGCACGGCCCCCAAGAUGGCCUCCAACUCGGCCAGCAGCCCCCACCAGGCCCCUGAUGAGAAUGAGUUUCCCUUCGGGUGCCCUCGCACUGUCUGCCAGGACCCACCAGAACCCAGGGCCCUCUGCUGCACAGCCUGUCUCUCUGAGAACCUGAGAAACAGCCCAGAUGGGAUCUGUCCCAAAUGCAGAGGGGACAACCUCCAAUCUGAAAGCCCAAGGAGCCUUCUGACUCAGGAGAAGGUUCACCCUGAGGUGGCUAAGGCUGGAGUCGGGUGUCCCUUUGCAGCUAUUGGCUGUUCCUUCAAGGGGAGCCCGCAGGCCGUGCAGGAGCACGAGGCCUCCUCCUACGCCAGCCACCUGAGCCUGCUGCUGGGGUUCAUGAAGCACUGCAAGGCCCAGCUGGGCCCUGGCCUGGGCUCUGGGCCCAUGGCCCUGGAGCAGAACCUGUCAGACCUGCAGCUGCAGGCGGCCGUGGAGGUGGCGGGGGACCUGGAGGUGGACUGCUACCGCGCCCCCUGCUCCGAGAGCCAGGAGGAGCUGGCCCUGCAGCACUUCCUGAAGGAGAAGCUGCUGGCCGAGCUGGAGGAGAAGCUGCGUGUGUUCGAGAACAUCGUGGCCGUCCUCAACAAGGAGGUGGAGGCCUCCCACCUGGCCCUGGCCGCCUCCCUCCACCAGAGCCAGCUGGACCGUGAGCACAUCCUGAGCCUGGAGCAGAGGGUGGUGGAGCUGCAGCAGACCCUGGCCCAGAAAGACCAGGCUCUGGGCAAACUGGAGCAGAGCCUGCGCCUCAUGGAGGAGGCCUCCUACGACGGCACCUUCCUGUGGAAGGUCACCAACGUCGCCAGGCGGUGCCAUGAGUCCGCGUGUGGCAGGACCAUCAGCCUCUUCUCCCCAGCCUUCUACACUGCCAAGUAUGGCUACAAGCUGUGCCUGCGGCUGUACCUGAAUGGGGACGGCACUGGGAAGAGGACCCACCUGUCACUCUUCAUCGUGAUCAUGAGGGGGGAGUACGAUGCUCUGCUGUCCUGGCCUUUCCGGAACAAGGUCACCUUCAUGCUGCUGGACCAGAACAACCGUGAACAUGCCAUUGACGCCUUCCGGCCCGACCUGAGCUCAGCGUCCUUCCAGCGGCCUCAGAGUGAAACCAACGUGGCCAGCGGCUGCCCGCUCUUCUUCCCCCUCAACAGGCUGCAUUCGCCCAAGCACGCCUACGUGAAGGACGACACCAUGUUCCUCAAGUGCAUCGUGGAGACCAGUGCUUAGGGCAGGGGGGGCCCCUGAGGGAGGACCAGCUGAGACUGGGGGCCUGGCACUCACCACCCCGGGACACAGGAUGGGCCCAGACUGACAUGAUCUGUGCAGGACCGGCAGGUUCACUGUGACCGCUGUCAGGAUGGCGUGACCUUGGGCUGGGCCCGUACAGGCAGAGGACUAAAGGAGGCGGGCGGGGUGCUCCCAUCCUUGCAGCCCGUGCAACACUGGUAGGCCCAGGAGUGGCUCCACCCUGAAUGUUGAUGCACCCCGAAGGGCGCCCAGUGAGCCUGAGCAGAGAAGCUUGCAGGAUAGGAGGUCUCUGCAGGGCCCCAGUGGAGAACUGGCCACACGCUGUCUCCCUGCUCAGGGCCAGAACAAGGACCAGGGGAAGUGGCAGGAGCCAAUGUGGGUUCAGUCUGUCCAGACCUGGACUGAGGCCCUCGUCACCGGAGGACCACGUGAGGGAAAGGGCAUCAGCCUGGAGGCUGCAUUUGUGGACCUUUAAUGUUUCUUAGAGCCAAGGAAGCCCCAUUCCACACCUGCUGGCCCAGGGUAGCCUAGUGCCUCAGGGACCCCUGGGACAUUCAGGAGCCUCCCACCCUUGGGUCCCUCCCUCACCUUCAGUGCCACCAGGCAGGCUGAGCUGGCCCACACCUCCCCCUCCCCUGGGGCCUGGAAGCUCGGUUUCCCCUGUGAGCAGACACAGCCCCUGUGUCUGGUGUCUCCACCAGCCAGAGCCCCCCUUCCCUUCAUCCAGAUAAGACCAGGUCACUGCAGGCUCCGGGGAGCAGCCGUUGAACGUGGAGAAGGGCAGGGGGCAGAGACCGCUUUCCACUUCCCCUGCCUGGAGGCCCCCGUUGUGGGGCUUUCCAGAAUCCUGUGUCCAGUUCACUAUCCAAGUUAUUCACUUCUCAGGUUUGACUAAUCGGGACCGCUGGGCACCGGGCAGAGGUUGACCUUUUAAAUAUGUAUAACAACCAAAGAAAGAAUGUUUUUUCAAAUCUCUUUGAGGAUUUCAUCCAGUAUACAGUCGUGGUCAUCCCAAGCCACACUUGAGAAGGCCGUCACUGAGCUGGAGGUGGUAUGGCCAGUUUUGCGGGUGGCAUCAGAGGCCACUGUGCCACAGGCACAUUCCCCCUCGGCCUCAGUCUUCUCCUUUCUGUAAUGGGGAGACCCUCCCCAGCCUGCCUCCCAUGGUGGGUUUUGUGAUAAUGCUCAAGGGAGGUGACACACAGGAGGGGCUGGAGAGAGGAGCCCCUGCAGCUUCCUGCCUGUCACAGUGGUUGGUGGCCCUUGCUUGUUUUCUCGCCUCCCAGGGGCCCUGAGACUUCCCAUGCCACUUAGGGCAUCAGGUCAGGCCCUGACCCCUCACCCCUGCAGCCUCCCGAUGGCUUACUGGGGCCGCGAUUGACUUCAAUCCUCAGGGCUUCGGGUUCUCAUCUGUGAAAUGGGUCAUUUGCCUGCCUGUUUCCCCUAGCGCAGGGUCUGGGAGAUCAAAAGACCUGACAAGAACAAUUUUAGGGGAGGAAAAGCGUAUUUGGCGCUGUUGGUUUCAGAGGUCUCAGCUCCGUCCUCUGCCCGAGGUGACGCAGAGUAUCAUGGUGGAGGAGAGCAUCUCAGGACAUGGCAGCAGGAAGCAGAGAGAGAGAGACUACUCUGCUCACCAGGGACAAAAUAUAUACGCCAAUGGCAUGUCCCCAAUGCCCCACCUCCUCCAUCCACACCCCCUGCCUACAGUGGCCACCCAGUUAACCCAUUCAGGUGGAUUAACACACUGAUUAGCUUAAGGCUCUCCUAUCCCAAUCCCUUCACCUCUGAAUGCCUCACUGUUGUCUAACACUUGAGCUUUGGGGGACCACCUCAUAGCUGAGCCGAGGCACGGGCAUCCGGGUAGGUAAGGUAAAAGCUUCUCUCUUGCUUGUCCUCCCUGGAGAGUUACCUGUCUGUCCCCAUGCACAUCUGGUGGGGGUGAGGGCAGCCUCACGGCCAUCAGAGUGUUCAGUGUCCAGAGACUCCGUCCUCUCUGCUUGGACUUGGCCAGUCGCCUGCCAUCUCUAGACUCCACUGUGGACGGUGGGCGGUGGCAGAUGCAGGCCAGUUGCACUGACCUCGCUGGAGUCUGGGCACUGUCUGCUGGACUGAGGGAGGCUUCUUGCCACUGGGAGUGUUGGUGGGGUCUUUGCUCCGCCCAGGCCCCUGUAUCUUGGGGAGCUUAGGAUCUGGCCCUGCCUGCCCUCACAGGGCCACUGGUCAACAUCCUCACAGCCCAUGGCUCUGUUCCUGGGGUCAGGAUGUGCAGAUCACUUGAGACCUUAUCCCCAGCCUCAGCCUGGCGUCUGGUCGAGAUUGAAUGCGUUGGAGUCCAGUUUUGGUGCUGGCUCUGUUACUUAGCAUCCUCGGGCAAGUUAUGUAACUUCUCUAGGCCUCAGUUCCUCAUCUGUAAAAUGGUGCUAGUAACUUCACCCUUACAGGGGUGUUGAGGAGUUGAAGUCAGGCAGUGCACGGCAAGAAUUGGUAGAGGUGGCUUGGUGAGCUUUCUAAAUGGCAUCUACUGUUACUUCCACGGCCACUGGUACCAGUUCAACCCUUGGCCUUCAGCCCACUGAUGGGAGCCAGAAAUCAAGACCAUAACACCCCCCUUCCCAAUGGUCUGGCUCUGCCUCCCAAUCCCUGCUGACCUCAGGCUGGUCCUUCCCCUUGCAGGGCCUUGGCCACCCGCCUAGAUGUAAGAGGGUAGGAACCACAACCUCUUCACCCCAGGCCACAAGAAAUGGCCCAGAGCCAGACAUUCAGGAAGCAGUGACUAAGGGCUAUUCCACAGGCUGGGCACCCAGUCCCUCGGAAGUUGAUUCUGCAAAGCCCUGAUCUGCAGCUGGCCAAGAGGGAGUAGAUGCCCCACCCCCUGGGCUGACGCUGCCUAAUGGUGAGCUGAGUGGGCAAUGUGCCCAGCGCUCCUUUUGGAUUGCAAUCAGGUGUUUUCAAAGCCCGUGUGGCCCUGGACCCUGUCCUUCUGCCCAAGGUCUCUUUGCAGGUCAGCCUAGGUUGGGGUGGAGCAGGAAUGAAGGGGCGGGGGUUGGAGGGAAGGAAGGACCUGACAGAGACAGAGCUCCCCUCCUGCUCCUGUCUGGCUCCUGCCAGUGGCUGGCCCUGUUCAUAAGUGUGGAUGACACUUUGGCUCAGCAGUAAUCUGUCUGGGGGCACCUGUGGAGACUGUGAAGUGAGCACCCAGAAUCUCAGGCCUGGGGGAGCCUGCAGAGAGUCUCUCACUCCAGCCACCUGCCCACUGGGAGCUGGGCACAGGGAAGGUGCACGAGGAGCUCAGGGGAGCCAGCACCAGGCCCCAGGCUCAGUCUUCUCCCAAGUCUCAAAAGGCUCUGGCCUGAUCCUGUGCCCCCGACAGACCACCUCACUGCCCCACAGGAAGAGCAGAGCUGGGGGAGGGCUGAGCCUUGGGCAGGACGUUUGCCAGGACGGAAAGCCUGCUAGCUGCUGUCCCCAAGGCUUUCUAGAAGAAGGCAGGGGACAAAAAGUCUCUGUGGGCUUUGCAGGCACCUAAGGUUCUCCAACCCGUCCAGGGCACUGCAGGCCAGGCAACCGGGGUGCAGUAGUUCUCGCCCCUAAAGGCAGAUCGGCCUUGGCUAAGCCAUAGCUCCAGUGUCGGGUGUCUCUGUGACCCUUUUUACACAGCGCUCCAUUUCUGUCCCUGUUCGCCUUUUUGCCAUGGGGCAGGGAACCAAAGCUUAGAGAGGGCACGGGGAAUGUGGCAAGGUGGACCCGGCUGGACUGUCAACUCACUGGGAACCUCUGGCAAGCUCUUCUUCACUCUGGGCCUCAGUUUUCCCAUCUGUAAAAUGAAGCAGGUGAACCAUAUGGUCCCUGGGGCCCCUCCUUGAACUGAGGUCUUUUGCAUGGGGCAGCAGCACCCCUAACCUGCCACUAGACCCCCUUUAUAGAUAAAUAGUACCUUCACACUGGUAGCUCAGUGCAGAUUAGCCUAGGCAGGGAACACUCUCCCCUCAGCCUCCAGAUGAAGCGCAGCCCUGCAGGCACCUUGACUUGGGCCCCAUAAGUCUCAUGUCAGAUUUCUGACCUCUGGAACUAUGAGAAUAGAUUGUUACAGGUUUAAGCCCCUAAGUUUGUGGUCCUGUUACAGCAGCCACGGAACACUGAUGCCCAUGGCAAACUGUGGCUACACCAAAUUGAGAUGGCGUAAGUCUAAAACACACAAAAGAUUUGGAGGACUCCAUAGAAAAGAGGAUUUAACUUAUUGUUUAUUUUUUAUAUUGAUGGCAUGCUGAAAUGAUAAAAAUUUUGACAGAUUAAAUAUAUUAUUGACAUUA